UCACUGCUGCAGUUUAAAGAGCAUAAAGUGUUGAGUCUAUGGUUGCAUCGGAUGCGAAAAUUUUGCGAAAAUUCUAAUGUCUGUAUUUAUAAAUUUCUAUAAUUCAGAUACACAAUGGAUCAAGAACUUAUUGAUAAAUUUGUCGAAGUAACAGGAGAAGGUGAAGCAACAGCUCGUCAGUAUUUGUCAUUAACAGAUGGAAAUGUAGAAGCUGCAAUAAGCUUAAUGUUUGAGGGAGGAGGACUAGCACCUGAACCAAUACCUGUUCCUGAUCCUGAACCAGAAGUGAGACCUCCUAUCUUACCCACGCAAGAAAUAUUAGUGCCAUCUGGUCCAGUAUGUUCCCUUCCAAGAUUAUCAACUAAUGUGUUUGAUAGAUUUAGAGAUUUUGCAGUAGAGACCCAACGACAGGAGGAAGAAAUGGCUUGUAAAGUAGCUGGUGUAAAACAAAUGUCUUACUGUAAAUCAAAAAGAUUAGAAGAUUUAUUUCGUCCUCCAUGCAAUAUCCUCUUCCUAGGUUCUUUUAUCGAAGCUCGUGAACAUGCUAAGACAUUAAAUCAUUGGUUACUUGUAAAUAUUCAAAAUCCUCAAGAAUUUUCAUGCCAAAUUCUUAACAGAGAUGUUUGGUCAAAUCAACAAAUUCAAGAAAUUAUAAAGGAUCACUUUGUUCUGUGGCAAGUUCUGUCAAAUUCAAGCGAUGGGAGCCGCUAUGUUCAUCUUUACGAUGUAUACGAAUAUCCUUAUCUAGCAAUAAUAGAUCCUAGAACAGGAGAAUGCAUGCAAACUUACAAUCAUGUUACUGUGGAUAUUUUAAUGUCUGCUUUGAAUGACAUGCUAAGCACUCAUCCAUCACCAGAAUGUGUAUCAAAUGAUUCCUUUAAUUCUAAAGACUGGAACAGUGCAGUGACAGCAACAAAAGAAAAUGCUCUACCCAAUUUACUGGAUUGCAGCAGUAGUACUUCUCAACCUUCUAAACAUAUGAUUGGUAAUUUAAGAGAUACAGAUAAUAACAUAGACGCGGCAACAAUUCAGAGCUCAAGUACAAGCACAACAAUUGAUGUUUUUCAGAAUAGAAAUAAAAAGAGAAGAAUAGAUGAAUCCGAUCUAAACGAAGAAAUUCAAAAAAUCAAUUCAAAGGAUGCUCAACCGUGCGAACCCAAAUGUGAUACAAACGAACCAGAAAUUGAUAAUGCAUCUGCUGUGAGACUUUGUUUAAGAUUACCGAAUGGUAAAAAAGAAACGGUGUUGAUGUCUGCCAUAAACACAAUAGAAGAUUUUAUAAACAAAAUGAACGAAAUGGGAUAUCCAUCGAUCGAUCACACUUACUUGGUACCGUUUCCAAAAACAAAUAUUGGAAUGCUUUCUCCAGAAACAUAUUUAUCGGACACGAUAUUAUCUCCAGCGAAUACAGUAUUUAUAACAAAGAUACAGUAAUUUUAUUAGGUGAUUUUUCUUUUUACAAUAAAUGAAACGAUAUUUCAAUCACUGGAAUUAAUUGUUCUGCUAUUGCAGAUAAGAUACGAGAAAUCAAAUAUAGCAUAAGUUUAAAAAAAAACAUUCUUAUAACUUAAAAGGAAACAAUACACAUAAAUAUACAUUGUCAUAUGUGUUCAGUUAGUAUUUAUGGUUAUUUAAUAUGAUUAUUAUAACAGUUUUUUUUUUAAUUUUGAAGAAACAAAUUAAUGCCGUAUUUAGAUAAAAUAAUGAUGAAAAAAUGCUGUUAUAUUUUCAUGUACAGUAAGUCUGUGUUUAAGCUGUACUUCCUAUUGUUCAACAUUCGGUUAUUUAUUUCAUUAUGUUUUCCUUAGUUUUUAACAUUGAAAGUUUCAAAUGACAUGGUAAAUAAAAAUCUUUUAGCUGAAA